AUGAAUACAAAAUAAAAAGGCUUAGCUUAACUCUUCUAUAGAAGUAUCUACAAUAACACGCAUGGUCUCUUAAAGCAAAGAAUGAGAGACCUUGUGCCAGUUAAACAAGCUUUGCUCCGAGACGUGAGAAAGAGAUAUGGAUCCAAGGAAAUCUGUAAGGUGACAGUUGACCAAGCCAUAGGAGGUAUGAGAAACGUCUUUGCUCUCUUUUACGACGCCUCAUUGUUGGAUGCUAAGACUGUAAACAUGUUUGUACGAAGGAUUCUAGGGUAUCACAAUGAGAGAUUACAACAUCCCCGAAUUGCAAGAGUAUCUCCAGAAAGGAGAGAAUGGCCAUGAGCCUCUUCCUGAAGCUCUAUUCUGGUUACUCUGUACAGGCGAUUUCCCAUGUAAAGUGAUCCAUUUCUAUUUUUAGCUGAGCAAGAAUUCGCUGAUUUACAAUAAGAAUGGAAACAUAGAGGACAAUUGGAUUCGUAGACACAAAGCUUCAUUUUGAGUUUACCAAAAUCAGCACAUCCAAUGACUAUGUUAUCAUAAACUCUAUUGUAUCUACAGAAAGAUUCUCUUUUCUAGCAAGCUUAUGAUCAAGGGAAGAUCUCUAAGCCCCAAUAUUGGGAGUACUUCUAUGAGGAUGCUAUGGAUUUGUUGGCCAAGAUCCCAAGAGUGGCUGCCCUCAUUUACAGACAUAAAUAUAAAGUAUAUGGAUUAUUACAAUGUAGAAUGGAGAAAUCAUCUCAGCUGAUAACAACUUGGACUGGGCUGGUAAUUAUGCUCAUAUGCUCGGAUACAAUAAAUUUGAAGUUAGAGAAUGUUUGAGAGGAUAUUUAAGCAUUCAUGCUGAUCAUGAGGGAGGUAAUGUGAGUGCCCAUACAACGCAUUUGGUUGGUUCAGCUUUGGCAGACCCCUACUUGUCCUAUUCUGCUGGUGUCAAUGGUUUGGCUGGUCCCUUGCAUGGUCUUGCUAACUAAGAAGUGCUCAAAUGGCUAUUGGAAAUGAGAGUAUUUCAAUAGAUUAACCGUCUAGGAUGAACUGGGUGAAAACAUCUCCAACGAGAAAAUCCAAGAUUAUGUGCUUACUACAAUCAGAGAGGGCAAAGUCAUUCCAGGAUAUGGACAUGCUGUCUUAAGAUAUACUGAUCCACGUUUCAUCCAUCAAAAAGAGUUUGCAGCCAGACACAUCAAGAAUGAUCCACUAGUUGAUUUAGUCAGACAAUGCUAUCACGUGAUCCCACCUGUUUUGAAAACUAUUGGAAAGAUCUAAAACCCAUGGCCGUAUUUAUAUAUUUAUUAUCACAGAAAUGUCGAUGCACACUCUGGAGUCUUGCUCUAUCAUUAUGGAAUGAGAGAGUUCUAAUAUUACACUGUCGUAUUCGCAGUCUCAAGAGCAUUAGGAUGCAUGGCUAAUCUUAUUUGGUCCAGAGCAUUUGGAUUACCAAUUGAAAGACCGGGAUCCAUUACUAUGAGAUGGAUUGAAGAGAAGUUUGGUGAAAACUAAAACUCUAAAUGA